AUGCAUCUGCUCGCGGCCUCGAGGUCGCUCCUGGCAGCGGCCCUGGCGGCCUCGCAGCUCGCCGCCGCCCACAACAUCGCGCUGCCGGCCCACGGGCUCGAAUGCUUCCACGAGAACCUGCACCGCGAUGACACCAUGACCGUCACCUUCCAGGUUGGCGACCGCGAGUUUGGCAGCGCGGGCAAUCUCGACAUUGACUUUUGGGUCACCAACCCCCCGGGCGGCUACGAGGUCCACGAAAAGACCGUCGCCAGCGGAGACCACUCCUUCACCGCCAAGAACGACGGCAAAUACACGUACUGCUUCGGGAACCAGUACUGGGGCGCCACCAGCAAAGAGGUCUCGUUCAACGUCCACGGCAUCGUCUACGUCAGCGAGUCCGAAAUGCCCUCUGAUCCCAUCGAAACCGAAGUCCGCCACCUGUCCGAGCUCCUCGCCAAGGUCAAGGACGAGCAGCAGUACAUCAUUGUCCGCGAGCGCACCCACCGCAACACGGCCGAGAGCACAAAUGCCCGCGUCAAGUGGUGGAACCUCUUCGUCAUUGGCACCGUCGUCGGCGAAUCCCUCUUCCAGAUCUGGUGGCUGCGGCGCUUCUUUGAGGUCAAACGUGUGGUCUGA